AUGUGUCGACCUAGUAUUGCUAAAUUGCCUACCAGAUUGUCUUUAGCGGUCGUUCGCAUAGACCUUGAGGCAAGGAAAAUUAUAUCCCUUGAAAGACCUCACGGCCCGGUUGCUCAAUCAGCAGUUUCAGAGAGGAACACUCCACGCUAUCGACUCCAACGCGGGGUGAAGUGUGAGCUGCCUUGA